AGCGUCUCAGGAAAGGCAGCGUGGGAGUGUGGAGGGCCAUCAGCCCUUAUCUGACUGGUGUUGGUGUAGCCUCCAUGCUGGUGUCCUUAUUGAUUGGACUGUACUACAACACCUUAAUAGCCUGGAUCUUGUGGUAUCUCUUCAAUUCCUUUCAAGACCCGCUGCCUUGGACCCAGUGUCCUCUCAAUGACAAUGGGACAGGUAGGCAGUGUAUGUCACAGCCAUCCUGCCUUAUAUAGUGCUGGCCAUCUUCCUGUUCCGAGGACUGACUCUUAAAGGUGCCCUGACUGGAUUGAAGUUCCUCUUCACACCAGAAGUGGACGAGUUGAUGAACCCAACAACUUGGCUGGAUGCAGGUGCCCAGGUCUUUUAUGCUUUUGGUGUGGGGUGGGGAGGCCUCAUCUCCUUCUCAAGUUACAACCCUGUUCACAACAACUGCAUGCAAGAUGCUGUGAUCCUGUCGGUCGUAACUGGCCUCACCUCAAUCUAUGCUGCCACAGUCACCUACACCAUCAUCGGCUUCGGGGCCACAGAGAAAUAUGACAGCUGUAUCAGUGAUAACAUCAUGACAUUAUUAAAUGCAUUUGAACUUCCUGAAGACAGCAUCUCUACAAGCAACUACGACGCAGCCUUUAACCAUCUCAACAGCUCCUCUCCUGAUAUGAUUCUCGGAUUGGACAUCAAAAUCUGUGACCUGCAGACACUUCUCAGUGAGGGAGUCGAGGGAACAGGUCUGGCCUUUAUUGUGUUCACAGAAGCCAUUACCCAGAUGCCUGGUUCUCCAGCCUGGUCUGUCCUCUUUUUCAUCAUGCUUUUCUGCUUGGGUAUCUCAACCCUGUUUGGCAACAUUGAAGGAGUGGUGGUCCCACUGAAAGACCUGAAUGUAUUUCCUAAAAAAUGGCCCAAUGAAGCACGGACUGGUAACUUGGGUUUAAAAUCCAAUUCAGAAUCAAAAUCAGUUCCUCAGUUUCUCCAUUCCCAAUGAAACA